GUCCUGUGUAUUAGAAAGCAUCAGUCAUUCAAAAUGCAAGCAUAAAAACAGAUAGGAAAGAAUGUAGCCUGGGCAUAGGUCCAUGCAAUUUCAGUCAACUACUCUUCAAUAAAGGUACAAUGAACACCCAGCAUGGAUAACAGUCUCUCCAGUAAGUGGUGCUGGGAGAAUCAGACAUUCACAAUCAGAAGAAUGAAACUGCCUUUUAAGUUAAGUAUUUUGAGAGACCAGAGGCAAGGGUCACUGUGGUCCCCGUUCCUAAGGCCCCUUGCAAUGUUGGUGCUCUGCCUCCAGGAGGCCUGGUGUGCCGAGCUUUGCUGUGCGUCAUGGACGAGCACAAUGUGGAUUCUUUCAUCUCCCUCUCUUCCCCACAGAUGGGACAGUAUGGAGACACAGACUAUCCGAAGUGGCUGUUCCCAACUUCCAUGCGGUCCAACCUCUAUCGAGUCUGCUACAGUCCUUGGGGCCAAGAAUUUUCCAUCUGCAACUACUGGCACGAUCCUCAACAUGACGACUUGUACCUCAAAGCCAGCAGCUUCCUUGCCCUCAUCAAUGGGGAGAGAGACCAUCCCAAUGCCACUGUGUGGUGGAAGAACUUUCUCCGACUGGGCCGCCUGGUGCUGAUUGGGGGUCCUGACGAUGGAGUCAUCACUCCCUGGCAAUCUAGCUUCUUUGGUUUCUAUGACGCCAACGAGACGGUCUUGGAGAUGGAGGAGCAGCUGGUUUAUCUGCGAGACUCCUUUGGGUUGAAGUCUCUCUUGGCCCAGGGGGCCAUAGUGAGGUGUCCGGUGGCUGGGAUCUCUCAUACCACCUGGCACUCCAAUCGCACGCUCUAUGAUAGUUGCAUUGAACCAUGGCUCUCCUGAAGAUAUCCUCAGGAAUUCCCCAGCCCAGAGACCAAGUGGUGGCCUUGGGAAGCAGAUGCCAGGCUCUGGCACGCCUGUGACCACCUCAUCGCCCCCACACUGCCCCACCCCACCAGGGCUCCCUGAAUCCUCCCCUCUGCUCCUCUGUGAAUGACAAGUCCUGGUCCCCUACCUCAUGUCCUCAUCUGGGGACAUCUCCAUGCGCCCUCUUUCUCCCAGGGCUGAGGUUGGGAAGUGGGCACCAGGUUUCUAACGGGCUUCAUGCUGCUGCUGCUCCUCCUCCUCCGGGUCUGGCUGUACCGGAGGAGAGCCCAGCCCCUCCCCACCACAGGGGUCUCCUUCCAGACCACUCAGGACAUUUUUAGCUUCUGUUAUCCCCGUGUUCCCUUUUUUCUCACUUCCCUGUCGCCAGCCUCCCAGCCGAGAGGGACGCCUGUAAGAGGGGUUCUGCGGUUCCCCUACGGGGACGGUUCCACUUUUGAAGUGUCAGUGUUGGGGAAUAUCUGUGGCCUGCAAGGCCCAUCUCAGGUUUGGGGAUCCCCCAGUCCCUAUGAUCAGUGUUGGGGUAUCCCCUGGGAGCCUAGGUUCUUUGAGGCCCCAGGCCCUCUUUUUAACUACCCUUGAGCAGGUGUUCUCUGUAUUUAUAGAAAUAAAGUUCCAUUUCCUCAAAAAAAAAAAAAAAAA